AUGAUGUGCCAGACUGAGCCUAUCAUAAUCUAAUGGUGCUCCAGGAAACAAAACAAACAAGGUGGCUGUUUUUACAGAACACACUUGAACUGAGGCACCUUGUCUUAUUUUGUCCAUAUCAGGAAUUUCAGGCAGGAACGUGCCCAACUUUUCAGGUCCAACCUUAAGUACCGUACUAAUUUGUUUUCUUUUCUGAUUUCUACUGGUGUCUAAAUACGUGAACCAUGCUGAUCCACUAACUGUCUUUUAAUGUUGAAAUAAAAGAGGCCAAAAGGCAGGGCUAGCCAUUAAUAUAUCUGACAGAGGGACUGUUGAACAGGACAGCCUGGAGAACGGGAGAGCAGACGGGGGAGGGGGAGAGGGGGAGCGAGAGAUCAUCUGGAAGAGGAGAGAGGAAGUGGUGGCGCGAGAGAGGGCGGAGGCAUUGGAGAGACAGAGGUUGGCGGAGUACAUCGUGUGGAGGAAGAGAGAGGGCUUCCAAGAGAAGAGAGGAGACCAAGAGAAGGGAGGAAAGAGUGCAGAGAAAGGGAAGGAGGCUGUGCCAGAAGUCAUCUGGAAGAAGAGAGCAGAAGACGACGACGACACAGGGAGGGAAAAGGCGAAGGCCAUUCAAAGAGGACGUGACACCGUGUGGAGGAAGAGGGAAAGGGAAUAAAAAAAGAGGAGUCUGACAAAUUUCAGAAUGCGAAACUCUUGAAAAGUAGGUGUUACAGAAAGCAUGCUGCCAGGAGGAGCUGGAGACUAGCCAUAAAUCAGUAAGCCUCCUCUCUCUCUCUCUUCUCUAGCCGUCCAAGGCUUCAUUGAGCUCUGCAGGUGCUUGUUGUACUAUCGACCAGCUGGAGCCGUGCAAGUGUCUGUUGUGUGUUUGUUGCUGCCGUGUUAGCGCACACAGCAUCCUUGUGCUCGUCGUUGGCUGCUAAUAGGAUUUUUAUGUCUGUUUCAAGCAGGAGGGAUCUACCAAAGGGUGCUGCUACGCACGUGCACAUGAAAGAACACGUACACAGAGAUAAUCUAAGAGGUAUUGUGAGCAGAGAAGUUUUAAACUGUCCCAUUCCUGUAAAUGCACCCCUCAGUGCACUAAUACACAAGUGAGGGGGUGUUGAGAGACAGUGACUUGUGUUGAUUCUCCACGGUGCCCGUGACAGCUGGAUCACUGGCCCUCACUGAGAGGCUAUUAAGUUUACUCAAGAUAUUCACAGAUAUUGUUUUACAUGAUGGCAAAAACACUGUACCAAGAAGCGCACUUUGUGGCUCUUUCAGAACAUGUCCUUAUCCGUCCUCGGGAACACAAAGAACAUUGAAGCAGAUUAAAAGUGAACUGAUGACAACAUGAUCUGCACUGGUGCACGCAACACAAACUUUUUUUAUCUGCAUACUGCCAUUCGCUGGUACACCCCACUGCUCCUGUGCGCCUUUUCUCAUUUCGCAUUCAUCGUGGACAAAGCUGUUUUUGACGUCGCUCGGAGCUGGCUGCCUGGUAUUGAGUGGAGGACAGACAGCCACACAGAUGGAUGCAGCCGUUACACUGAGGGAGACUUACAGAUGGAUGUGUGUGUCCCUUUAGAGAGAAACUUUGAAUACUGAAACAAAGAGACUUUGAUUUGAAUCACAGCGAGCCUGUGUGGACUUGUGUGAAGAUAAAAACUGACACUGCACAUUCAUUAUGGAGCUUGUUCCAAAAACCAAGUACACCCACUUUCGGAGUGAAUCGCUGAGCUCAACUGAUGAAACAAACUCCAAUCCAUCAUCGUUCCCUCCUUCCAGCCCUGCUACCCCACUCACUCCCUCGCCUGGUUUGCCUUCUUCUCUUUCCUCCUCGUCUCUAACGCCCAUCUUACCCCCCUCUUCUCCCCGCCCGGCUGAGAACAGCCCCACCACACUUUGCUCUUUCUUCCCAAGGAUGGGAUCCCUUCGCUUGGGUGUUUCUGCUACUCUUCUCCCAGGUCUCAAGGCCUCAAGCAGGCCACAACAGCCCCAGGCGCGUGUGGAGUCCUCCGGGGAUGACCGGAGCAGUUCAAGCUCCUCCCCUCCGUCUCAUCACCCUGCUCCUCCUCUAACAGCUCCUUCUCCCCCUCCCCGACCUCCUCUGCAGGACAUGAACCGGCUAGCAGUGGUGUCCAGGAGGGCACGGGUGGAAGGAGGGCAGCUGGGAGGAGAUGAGUGGACGCGCCAUGGCUCCUUUGUCAACAAGCCCACCCGUGGUUGGCUACACUCUGACACUGUGGUUAGCACCACCGGGGUCUCCUACACUGUACGGUACAUGGGUUGCGUUGAGGUGCUACAGUCGAUGCGAGCGCUGGACUUCAGCACCAGAACUCAGGUCACCAGGGAGGCUAUUUCGGUGGUGUGUGAGGCAGUUCCUGGAGCCAAAGGAGCCCAGCGUAGGAGAAAGCCUUCUUCGCGCUGUCUGUCCUCCAUUCUGGGGAAGAGUAACCUGCAAUUUGCUGGCAUGACAAUCAGCCUCACCAUCUCAACCAGCAGCCUCAAUUUGCUGGCCUCUGACUGCAAACAGAUAAUUGCCAAUCAUCACAUGCAGUCCAUCUCCUUCGCCUCUGGAGGAGACCCAGAUACAGCCGAAUAUGUUGCAUAUGUGGCCAAAGACCCAGUCAACCAGAGAGCAUGCCACAUCCUGGAGUGCUCAGAGGGUUUAGCCCAGGAAGUCAUCAGCACCAUCGGCCAGGCAUUUGAACUGCGUUUUAAACAGUACCUGAAGAACCCUCCAAAAUUGGUCACACCUCAUGAUAGAAUGGCUCCGUUUGAUGGCUCUGCAUGGGAGGAAGAAGAUGAUGAGGCUGCUCCACUUCCUGAUGUCCCUUACUAUAAUAAUUUCCCUGGAAAACAGCCGCCCCCUGGUGGACUGAUUGAUAUGCGAACCCGCCCUGGUGCCACACUGCCUUAUGGACAGCCAGGUCAGAAUGACAUUCACAAGCAGCCUCUGCCGCCUCUGCCAGUGGGUGCCAAGGAAGGAGGACGUGAACUCUUUGAUGACCCUUCAUACGUCAAUGUGGAUAAACCCCGCCCCCCAGCUGCUGCAGCCAAUGGGAAUGCUCACAGGGAUGCUUUUGACAUGAAACCUUUUGAUGAUGCCCUUGGGGUCUCUGGACACAGUGGACCAAGCUCAGGGACAGCAGCGCCUCCUCUGGUGGAGCAGUUGCAGUGUGAAGCCUGGUUUCAUGGCAGCUUGAGUCGUAGGGAGGCAGAAAGAUUGCUAACACGCGAUGGAGACUUCUUGGUGCGGGAGUCUGGGACCACGCCGGGACAGUACGUCCUCACAGGACAGCAAGGGGGUCAACCCAAACAUUUGCUGCUCGUCGACCCAGAAGGAGUGGUCCGAACCAAAGACCAUCGGUUUGAGAGUGUGAGCCACCUGAUCAGUUACCACAUGGACAACCGGCUCCCCAUCGUAUCAGCCGGGAGCGAAGUGUGUCUGCAGCAACCAGUAGAGCGCAGGGCCUGAUCUUACAUGCAUGGGCAUAGAAAUACACGCAUGCACAUACACACACCAGUUCAACUCCUGGAGACAGACUCACUUCCUCACAGUAAUGCAAUACAAGAAAAACACACAUCUACAAGAUAAGUGUACUGCACACAGCAAAAAAAUAAAAUAAAUGACACGUAUACAAGAAUGCAUAUGCAUACACCAUAGUAUAGAAAACCAAAAAUGGGAGGAAAAGACAUCAUGUUGAUUGAUAUAUUGUUGAGUUGCUGCUGUUGCCACAUGUUUCCGUGCUUUCCGAGCGCCAAAAUGGCCUGCGAUCUCUCCUUGAUCAUACAACCUUCAGGCCAUCCCUCCACACCGGAGAAGCAGUUUUUUUUCUACUGUGAACCAGGGAGGAGCCCUUCUUGAAUUCAGAAUGGGGCAAAACACAUGUAAUUUCUUUUUUGUGUGUGUGCAUGUGCGUGCGUGCGUGUCUAUAAAAACACAGAACAUUUUGUUCAUACAGACAAAUGUGUGUAAAAAAAAAAAAAUUCAUGGAACUGAAGUGACAACGAUGAUGAAAGUGGGGAAGUGAACAUGUUUGAAAGCAAAUUCAUCCAAGCAUAUCCCUUUCAUUUGGGGAAAUGAGUUCCAUCAUCAGACUGGUGUUGGAUCAUUUUGGGUCAAACGCAAACUUGAUUGCAAAAGUCCGCCUUCACUUCACAUCUCACUGGACCAAUCGGAUGCAAACCUGACUCUGAAAUAAAUCACCCUGGUGAAUACGCAUAAAAAUGUUUGCUCCCACAUUAAUCAGGAGGGCCACCCUAUCUAACAACUUAAAGGACUUUUGAAUUUUGUCUGUAUUAUGGAAAGAUGCAAAACAGGGACUGCUAUGCCAAUGACUCUUUUUUUUCUUUCUUUUUUUUUUUUUUUUCUUCAAAACACAGGUGUGUUUCUCAUCUUCAUACUCAUUAUCUGUUGGACAGCUUAGAUUCAGGAUGUUCAAAUCAGCUGUAUCUGCUUCUAAAUGCGGAUGAAAGGUGCAAACGUGCACAUUUGCACUGCACACAUUUUGCUCCACCUGCCAUGCCAAAGAACAUGAGCAUGUUUGCUAAAGGCAGAACAAACAUGAUUAUCAACUGUUAGACGUCAAGUGCUCACAGGCUCAGAAGCAAGUGUAGACAGAAAGAAUUGCAAAUUUAAAAUAGGCUAGUUUUAUUGCAGAUGAAUUUAUAUUAUUGUUGUGCCUGAAUACGUCAUCAGAAAGGAGAGUUCACACUAACUUGUGCAAUGAUGUCAUCUAUAAAUAGAAAGUGGUCUUAUGAGAAGUGUAGAUCAGAUCGUUUUGAGCAACUUUUAAAAACUAUAAGUAUGUGUUUGCAUUGACAAUCUGUGGGCUGUUUGUCAUUCACACAACACAAAGGUGAGCAAUUAAAGGACACUUCUUUUUUUGUGGCCCAUGAGAAUGGACUUCACUCUGCAAACAUGAUGCAAAAUAUGUAUAAGAUCAGUCUAUUGUUUUUGGUUAUGAUGUUGCUUUAAAAAGAAUCACUUGAAAAACAUCUUUUUGUAAAACCAUGUAUCAAGUGAAAUGGGUUUGGGGCAAUUGAAUAUAAUUAUACAAAUGCUUUUGGAGCAUUGCUGAGGUAUGAAGCCAAAUGUUGCUGUUUUUGCAGACUUUGAGGAUCACACGGGAGAUCACAGUAUCGUUUCUCUUUUCCUCCCUCGGUUCAUGAUGUUGUCUUUUUUAUCUUUUUAAUCGUGCCUUGGUUCUUCAGUGCAGUCACUUCAGUUCAGUGCAGUUACCUUGUUGUAAAUGUACAGGAAUAUUUACGCACUAGUCUCAGUAUAACAAAGAUUGCAAAAAUGACACGCCAGUAGACAUACACCAACAGGUCCAGUGAUGGCAAUCUCCUCUGAUGCACGUUCUUGCAUUCAGCUUAGUCACAGAUACUUGAUGUCAUUAGUGAGGGUGGGGGGUUAUUCCCAUACAUCUGUAAAUAGCAGUGAUUGUUAUUGGGUCGCAGUUAUUGGUUUUAGUAGAACUACAUUUUUGUGGUGUGACUCUGCCUGAAACCGCAGCGCUGAGGUUGCUCUUGAAGCCAACUGCAUCUGUCAAAAUGUGCGGGUUUGAGGCUCAAACAUUGAGAUUUGAGAAGGGAUCUUUUACUUUAAUGCUUUAUUGUCAAAAAAAUGUCUCAGACUGUGGAGUAGUGUCACAUGGUAAGCACUCGAUGUGGAGAACCUAGAGCUUUAAGUAUCGCUGUUAGAGCGCAUUUGUGCAAACCGACCCACCUGUCUGUCUGUAUCAUUAAUGAAAUGCUCUGUUAUUGUUUUCAUCACAGUUGCCUUUGUUGCAUGGAAAUCUUUUCAAAAUUUGUCAGUAGUGGUGAUAUUGUGAAUGAUUUAUAUUGUGUUUUUGAAAGCCAAAGGUUACUUUUAAAUAGUGUGCACAGAUUUCUGAUUUUUUAUUUUCUGUUUUAAUACUUCUUUGUUUCUUGGGGAAAAUGUUUGUUUACUUCUGUACCUGAAAAUAUAGAUUACAUAUAUAAAAAAUACAUAUA